UUUUAUAGAGUCUAAAGAUGUUUCUGCGAAAUAUUUCACGUGCUAUAUACAAUUGUAGUGGAAGGGUAUGUGCGUUUCUAAUAUAAACAUGCAACAUGCAUCCUAUGUAACAAAAGUACCAAAACCGGAGGUUCCAAAGAAUCCUUUAGAGAAAGUCUAUUCGGCAUCUCAACAGAAAGAUAAUGGUAUCAUUUAUGACAAAAAACCAUUUAAAAUAACUUUGGAAGCUGGCAAAACAUAUCACUGGUGUCUUUGCGGACGUUCCAAGAGACAGCCCUUAUGCGACGGAACACACAAAGACAUAUUCCUUAAGGUCACGCAGAGGCCCAUUAGAUUCACAGUAGAAAAAACAAAGGAUUAUUGGCUGUGUAAUUGUAAACAGACCAAGCUUAGACCUUUCUGUGAUGGCACACACAAAAACAAAGAUAUACAAGAAGCUAAUGUUAAAAUUUAAUUUUAAGCAGAAACAAAAUAUCGAUUAUACUCCCUUAGAUAGUUUAUAGGACCCACUAUGUGAUUAAAAUUGUACAAAGAUAAAAAUUUGUUUCUGUAGAUUUUACCCUG